AGAAAGAAGUUGCGCGUUUGGUUGCAAUUUGGCCGCCCUUGUGCCCCAAAUCAGAAACAAAGAAGAUCCUCAGCCAUGAUAAAUUGUUGACAAAGAUUUCUCGUCUGCUCUGCUCAAGACCAGCCUCAACCUCUCUCUUUUUUUUUUGUGUUCCGGGUACAUUUGUUGGUCUACUGAAUUCUCUUGCACUUUAUUUUUAAAGCCGUUUGAAGGGGCAUAGCUACUAACUUUGUGAAUCUCAUUUGAACAGACAUAUAGAAUUGGCGUUAUCAGACUUGAGUAAUAAACAAUUUUGCCAAUAUUUAGAAGAUGAAGGAAGAAGAAGUAAAUAGAUGCCAAAUUCAAGAAUGGUACCCAAAAUUUAGAUCUGUUUCCAUAAGAACCAUAAUUCAUGAACUUCCUGAAUCCUUUGUUCAAUACCUUCUUGAUGAUGAAGGCCCUUUCUUGCUUCCUCUUUCCAUCUCAAAUGAUGAUGCCCUGCCAAAUAGGAUUCAUAACCCUGAAGAGGAAGAAGACUUUGUAGUGCAAGAAGGAUCUGAAGAUGAAGCAGAACAAACUUCUCCUCCACCUUCUUUUGAAGAAUUAGAAUUGAAGAUCAAGGAAUCAAUUGAAUCCCUUGGUGGUGGUGUCUUCCCUAAGCUGAAUUGGAGUGCUCCUAAAGAUUCUUCUUGGAUAAGCUCAACUGGGACUCUCAAAUGCACCUCUUUUAGCGAGAUUGCGCUUUUGCUUCGCUCCUCUGACUCACUUGUCCAUGACUUGUGCCAUGCAUACGAUUCAUGCUCUGAUAAGACCUUGUCAAGACCCUCGUCCUUUUUUCUUGCCCUUCGCAAGUGGUACCCAUCCCUCCGACCUGAGAGGGAAUUCCGUUGCUUUGUUCGUAAACAAAUUUUGGUUGGAAUCUCCCAGCGUGAGGUCACUGGAUUCUACCCUACAAUUCUUGAGGAUAAAAACCAUUUGGAAACGGUAAUCCAAGAUUUUUUCAGAGAUAAGGUGAACCUGAAUUUCGAAUCAGAGAACUAUACCUUUGAUGUCUAUGUUACCACCAGUGGGACGGUUAAACUUUUAGAUUUUAACCCAUGGGGUGCAUUCACAUUGCCAUUGUUGUUUGAUUGGGAAGAACUGGAACAAACUGCUGAUGAAGAGGGGAAUGAGUUGGAUUUUAGGAUAGUGGAGAGCCCGUGUGGAGUACGACCAGGUCUAAAAACUGCUGUUCCCUAUGAUUACAUUGAUACCAGUCAAGGAAGUGGUUGGGAUCAAUUUCUAAGAAAUGCUGAUGAGGAGAGACAGCGACAGGCAGGUGCAUAACAACUUGAUUCCAUACUGGAUACCUGUAAAUUGUUGUCGUUUCAUCACUUAAGAGGAUAUUUUCUGUGAUUUUUACCUUAUUGUCCGGAGCUUGUAAGACUACAGCAGAGCUACUUUGACAUUCUAAUAUGAUCUCUUUUUUAGUUUA